AUGCCUCGCUGCACGCACAAGGGCUGUGGAAAGGACUACGACGAGGCGACCAAUGCCGAGGACAGCUGCUCGUACCACAGUGGUGGCCCGGUGUUCCACGAGGGUCUCAAGUCGUGGUCCUGUUGCAAGGACGUGAACAAGCCCGUGCUCGAGUUUGACCAGUUCAUGGCCCUUCCCGGCUGCACGAAGGGCAAGCAUACCGAUGUGGCCCCCAUCGUCGCUCCUGCCCCUGUUGCUGUCAAGACUGAGGCUCCCUCGACUGUCGCUGGCGGCGUCGAGACGUAUGGCUCGGCCAAGCCCAAGCCCGCGGCCGUUGCUGCUGCUGCUAACGAAGCCCCCAUUCACACCCCGACCCCGGCUCCAGCUCCUCAGAAGGAGGUUGAGGAGGAGGAUGACCUCUCGGUCCCUGUUCCCGAGGGCGCCAAGUGCAAGCGCCUGGGUUGCGGUGCCGACUGGAAGGGCGAGGCCGUCAGCCGUGGUGAUGGCCCCGAGGCCGUGUGUCACUACCACCCCAUGGCCCCCGUCUUCCACGAGGGUUCCAAGGGCUACCUCUGCUGCAAGCGCCGCGUGCUCGAGUUUGACGAGUUCCUCAACAUUGCCGGCUGCAAGGACGGCCGCCACCUCUUUGUCGGUGCCAAGAAGGACGAGACCACGGAGGAGCGCGUCGACUGCCGUGUCGACCACUACCAGACACCUCUCCAGGUCCACGUCAGCGCCUAUGCCAAGGGCUGCGACAAGGAAAAGUCCAAGGUCACGUUCGAGACCCAGCUGGUCCACCUCGACCUGCACCUGCCGGGCAACAAGCGCGUCGUCAAGGACCUGACGCUGUACGGGCCCAUCGACCCCGAAAAGUCGGCGUACCGUAUCCUCGGCACCAAGGUGGACAUUACGCUGCAAAAGCCUGCUGCGGCGUCGUGGCCCGUCCUCGAGCUGCCCCCUGUGGGCUCUGAGCUGCCCCCCGGGUACGCGCUCACGUUUGGCGUCUCGGGCAGGACGGGUACUGUCGGCGGCAAGGAGAUUGUGCUCAGCGCCGAGGAGAUGGCCAAGCACAACAAGUAA